GAAACAAAACGAACAUAAAGAGGAAAGGAGCGACCAACGAUCGCAAAAGCAUCCACUGAUAUUCGCCGGAAGUGAUUAACGCAUCGGAAGUGCAAAAUGAGAAUUACGCUCGCCUUAGCAAUAAUUGUCAUUGCUUGUGUCAGCAUUCGAUGCGUUGAUGGUAAAGCAAAGAAAACAACGCAGUUAUCUCUACAAAGCAAAGAGACGAAUGUAGUGAAUUUUAUGAGAUUACUCAUGAUGAGACUUGUGUUUGGAGUUGCAUCGACAAUGGGUUUAGGUGAAAAUCUUUCUGGGGUACUCGGAGGAAUUUUCGUACCACCUGGAGCAGAUGAUUACAGUGAUUACGGCGAUGACGAUUUAAUAUCGGAUUUGUUUUAAUAAUAAUAUUUAUAAAGUGCAAUUAAAAUAUUUUCAGUAAAAUACUAUCAAUACAAACUUUUUUUGUCUUUAAUAUAUUUAAAUAUGUAAAUUAUGAUAUUAUAAUUCGCACAUAUUACGAAGACUAAUGAAUAUAAUUAUCUUGCAAUUUCAAA